AUGAAAAACUUCAGCUCGAUCCUGCUGGCCGUCGCCGUGCUGAGGACCGCCCGCGGAGAGGAGAGUAAGGAUCCAAAUCUAAACGCAGAGUCUGCCGACUGCCUUGCCGACUUCAAUGCCGCUCGAGAAAAAGCAGGCCUCGAACCUUUCGCUGCAGAAACGACAGACACAAACAAAAUGCCAAUCACCAAUUCUGCGUACAUCAAGGCGAUAUGUGACACCAUAAAGGGGACAAAUGUGAGCAAACAAGCGGCAGAUUACGUGCGCACCGGAACCUACGCGUACGCGCCUCAGAUCGGUCCUGCAGAUGGCUGCUCUGCAGCCGUCUCCUACUGGAAAAAGGCCUACGUGAACUUUGGGGAACUUCCACCCGAAUACACAGAGGACGACACAGGAGUAUAUGCUGAAAGCCGUAACCGCUCACUCGUGGCCCUUUACAACCCCAAGGGAGGCGCCACUGUCGAUUGCGCCUACAUCACUUGUCCAGCCUCCACCGCAACCAGCACAAGCACCCCUAGCACUACCACCCCUAGCACUACCACCCCUAGCACUACAAAGCCAAACCCUGAGGAGACCACUCCCGAGCAAACCGGACCGAUUACCCCUCAACCGGAAUCAGCAGCGUACCUGCACCCAGCGAGCGUGGGAGGCCGGGACAGCGAGUCGCCAGCCAAGGCAUUCACCCCACCUGUUUCUGAUGAGGAAGAGAUAAAAGUCGCGAAGGAAGAUGGACAGCCCGUUCGACGCCUCUCUGCAACAUCGGAGACGGUCACCAGCCUGGUUUGCCUCACCAAUCCGGCUGCCCUUACACAAAAACAAAGCACAGGUCGCACUAAGUCCAGCCCAAUGGGCGUCAAGGAGUGCAGGGACAUCGUGGUGACGGUGAAAGCGGCAAUUAUUAGCCAAAUUUCUUUGGAAUACUUUACGCUCACCGCUGAAUUCUCGCCUAACACCAUGAGAAACUUCAGCUCGAUCCUGCUGGCCGUCGCCGUGCUGAGGACCGCCCGCGGAGAGGAUAGUAAGGAUCCAAAUCUAAACGCAGAGUCUGCCAACUGCCUUGCCGACUUCAAUGCCGCUCGAGAAAAAGCAGGCCUCGAACCUUUCGCUGCAGAAACGACAUACCAAUUCUGCGGGACAACUGUGAGCAAAGAAGCGGCAGAGUACGCACGCACCGGAACCUACGCCUACGCGCCUCAGAUCGGUCCUGCAGAUGGCUGCUCUGCAGCCGUCUCCUACUGGAAAAAGGCCUACGUAAACUUUGGGGAGUUCCCACCCGAGUACGCAGAUAACGACACGGGAGUGUAUGCUGACAGCCGUAACCGCUCGCUCGUCGCCCUUUACAACCCCAAGGACGGCGCCACAGUCGACUGCGCCUACAUCACUUGUCCAGCCUCCACCGCAACCAGCACAACCACCCCUAGCACUACCAUCCCUACCACUACAAAGCCAAGCUCUGAGGAGACCACUCCCGAGCAAAACGAACCGGCUACCCCUCAACCUCCUCAGGCAGCAGCGUACCUGCACUCAGUGAGCUUGGAGGGCCGGUACAGCGAGUCGCCAGCCAAGGCCUUCACCCCACCUGUUUCCGAUGAUGAAGAGACAAAAGACCAGAACGAAGGUGGACAGCCCGUUCGACGCCUCUCUGCAGCAUCGGAGACUGUUACCAGCCUCGUUUGCCUCACCAAUCCGGCAGCCCUUGUAAACCAAGAAAAGCCCUUCUCUGAGGAGGUUUGGGAGAACAUAAAGGAAGCCAUAGAAAACUCCGCUUCUGACUCAAGGCAGUCUGCUCUCAUCGCCACCGCUUUGCUUCUGCUUACUUACUUCACCAUUCUCUAG